GAUUAAAAACAGCGUUUCGAAUCUUCAGGAAAAAGGGUUGAGUUACCUCUCGCGAGAAAUGCUCUACUGUUGGCAGAUUUGAAAACAAAAGAUGGGUGGAUUAAUUGUGACUCAGGAUUAUGUCACGAACCUUCAAGGAGAUGUCCCCAAUGUUUAGAAGGAGAUGUCUCCCUCUGUGAAGAGUGGGCAAGAGCGUCUCUUCAGAUUUCUGAAAGUGAAACCUGUGUAAUAAAUGCCAUUAAUUUAGAAAACCAAGAUGGCGUGGCUUGGAAAGGCUUGACACAGACCCCAGAAUCUUGGAGGAAAGCCCCCGUAAUGACCGAGCCCCAGAGUUCUCAGGGAAGAUGGAAGAGAAUUCAUAUGGAAGAGAAAUCCUGUGGGUGUGCUUGGUGUGAAGACAGCUGCCAUGGGACCUCACGUGAUGGAGAUGAUUCCCAAGAAUGUAAAGGAGAGGGACCUUAUGCAUACACUGCCUGUGGGGAAAACUCGGUUAUGAAGUCAACCGUCCAACAGCAGAAUGUGGUCCACGCAGUCCCAGAGCCUUUGAGAUGUACUAACCAUGGAGCGGGCUUCACAGAGGAUGCGAAUCCUUAUGGUCGUCACGGCGCUCAUAGAGGAGAAAAAUCUCAUAAAUGGGAUGCGUGUGGAGGGGACUUUAGUCUGAGCUCAGUUGUUAUUGCUCAUUAUCCAACACCCUCAGAUGCAAAAGCGUAUGAAUGUCAAGAGAGGGCUAAGGACCCCAGACAGAGUUCAGACCUUCCCAGAUAUCAGAAGGGGCCCUUGGGAGACAAGCCCUAACCAUGCAUUAAGUGUGGUAAGGGCUUCAGGCGCAGCUCCUCUCUUCGCAACCAUCACUGCGUCCACACCGGGGAGACUCCCUACAGAUGUGAGGCGUGUGGGAAGGGGUUUGGGUUCAGGUCCCUUCUUUGUAUUCACCAAGGCGUGCACACAGGGAAGAAGCCCUAUAAAUGUGAGGAGUGUGGGAGGGGCUUCAAUCAGAGCUCCAAUCUGCUCGUCCAUCACCGGCUCCACACCGGGGAGAAGCCUUACAAAUGCGGCGAGUGUGGGAAAGGCUUCAGCUCGAGCCCCAUUCUUCACGUCCACCGGAGGUCGCACACAGGCGAGAAUCCUUACAGGUGUGGCAAGUGUGGCAAAGGCUUCAGCCAGAGCACCCACCUUCACAUUCACCAGAGGGUCCACACAGGGGAGAAGCGCUACAUGUGCGGCGUGUGUGGGAAGGCGUUUGCAUACCGUUCAGUCCUCCAAACUCAUCAGAGAGUUCACACAGGAGAAAAACCGUACGCGUGUGAAGUGUGUGGGAAGGGCUUCAGUUAUAGCUCCUAUUUUCACUUACACCAAAGAGAUCACACCAGAGAGAAACUGUAUCGAUGUGACGAGUGUGGCAAAGGCUUCAGACAGAGCUCAGAUCUUCACGUCCACCUCUGAGUGCACAUGGGAGAGAGGCCCUAUAAGUGUGGAGACUGCGGGAGGGGCUUCAGCCGCAACUCGUAUCUUCUCGCUCAUCAGAGAGUGCACACGGGCGAGAUGGAAUAUCCGGGUCGUGAGCAUGGCGAGGGUUUUAGUGAUAGCGCAGAGCUUCUUGCUCAUCAAAGACUGCUCCAAAGGACGGAAGCAUUAUGAAGGGAGGAAGUCAGGGUUCCAUCAGGAAAACAGAAGCUGCUCUCUGUCCUCCAGGUGACAGAGGCUUCCUCGGCCAUUGGGAGGGCCGGGGGAGGGACGCACAGGGACACUGCCACCCGCCAUGUCAGCCCACAGCACGGAAGCAGGUGGUUCUCCAACAUUCCAAGAAACUACUGUGGAUCUCGAGAACUUCGGCAAAGCUGCCAUCAACCGUCGUGUGCUCCGGUGGCAAAGUAAGUGAUUCUUGACAAAUGGACGGUUUGUGGCAAUGGCAGUAGUUCGAGGUCAAAUUUCCAUGAGUGGGCAUGCCCCGGAAGGAGAUCCUAGUUGGGAUGAGUAGGACCUCAGUCCACCCAAAGGCUUUAGUUGUCUAUUUUUGGAGAGUCUCUGCUAGAAAGAUAUUCUCUGUAUAAAGAACAUUCGAAAGUGUGCUCAGCAAUGAAACCCAUGUGAUUCACAUGGUGGGAAUAUUAGCCCACACUCAGGUUUCCAGGUCCAUUAGAUGCUCUAAACGGGAGAGAAGCUCUAUAGAAGUGACAAUUUAAGGGUGUGGCAGAGACACUGCUGUGUGUUCCUCACACGGGUUCUGUUUGCUGUGCCCAUAGGAAGACUCCAUUUCGCAGCGACCCUUGCCUUAAGAGUGGGUCCACUUGAGUGAGUUCCAACCAAUGGCAGGUGAGCAAAAGUGAUAGGAGCCACCUCCAGGCCUGGCCCUUAGGAACAUCUCGUGACGCCCUCCUGGCUUCUCUUUCCUGUCACAGUGACCUGGAGGCUGUUUGUUCCAGACUGGAUUGAUGGAAGGUGCAUUCUCCCCUGUGUUGGACUUUUUUUUUUUUUUUUUUUGAGUAAGAAAUAAACGUUUAUUGUGUUACACUCCAGAGAUUUGGGCGGUUUAUCUGUUCCUAGCAUCGCAAAGGCUAAACUGACUAGUACAGAGGGAGAUAACAGCAACAUUUCACAGUCACUGGAGUCCGCAUAAGAAAGCAACGUUGCAAUUCAGAGUUCAAAACUUUUCACCUUUAAGGCUCUGUGUGGCAGUGCAGCCACCUAAAGUGAUGUGGAGAAGACUUCUUCAGGAAGAAUCUUCAUUCUUUGUGUGUACAUAAAAGAGAAACGUUCCCGGUGAUGUGCAUUGAGUAAAAUUUUACCAAAAGUGCAAUCUUUAGACAGAAGAAAUCCCGUGCAGCAGAGGAACUCGAUAAUGUGUAAUGGUGGGAAAGUUGGUGAGCUCACACCUUAAAGGCAAUAAAAAAAAUUAGCUAGAAUAGGUGUCCUGCUAGGAGUCUUAAUAAAGUUAAUUAAGUAAAACUAAUAUUUGCCAAAGUGAGUAACAAUUUUGUUGUUAGUGCUGUCAAGUGGAUCCCAACUCCUAGCGAUCCUGUGGACAGCAGAGUGGA